UGCUACAUGCAAACAACAGCACUUUUCGAUGCACAAAGUAUUUUAAUUGAACAAGAAUCUCAGUAACAAGUCAAAUGUUUGUUUUUUCAUUCAAUUCGACAAAUUCUCAUUGAUACCAAUGGAGAAAAUGAGGAUUCGACCGAGAAGGGAAACUGAUAUAAGUCCCCGAUUACAGGAACCUAUAGCACCGCCAUCAGUAAUACCCACGGGGAAUCCGCUAUCCUACUGCCGACUAUGCUUUUCGGAAACCCUGUUCAAAAAAGUACAACUACGAUCGGACAUUGAAGCCUGGAUCGAAACAAUCGUAGAAAAUAUUGGUGUCCAGCUAACCGUAGUUGACGAUACUCCCUUCUCUUUAUGCUAUGGUUGCUGCGUGUCGAUUGAAAGUGUCCAGCAGUUUCGGGAACGAUGCCGGGUGUACGAUAAAGCACUUAAAGACUUUCGGAACAUAGGAAAGACUGUAACAUCAAGUCCCUCAACCUUAGUCACACCACGGAUUGCAAUGAUGAACACACCUAUCACCGUGGUCCGCGCAGUAAUGGCGCCGUCAGUCAGCAAUGUGCAGUCGAAUACUACCAACAACCAUCCGAGUGGAAUUGCCGUAGUCCGUGAAGUAACGAUGCCCUCAGUUAGCGCACAGUCGAAUAUUAUUCAAAAACUGCCAGUUGGAGUCACCGUAGUCCGUGAGGUAGUGGCGCCAUCAAUUAGUACACAGUCGAAAUCUACGCACAAUCCACCGGCUGGAAUUACCGUAGUCCAAUCAGGGGUACCGCCAAUUAGUACACAGUCGAAAACCACUAACCAUUCACCGGUUGGUAUUACCAUAGUCCGUGACGCAUUAGUGCCGCCAAUUAGUACACAGUUGAAUACUCCUCAAAAUCAGCCGAUUGGAAUCACUGUAGUUCGUCAGGUAAUGAAACCAUCAGUUAAUACGCAGUCGAAAAUUACUCACAAUCAACCAAUUGAAACUAACGUAGUUCGUGAAGCACUGGCGCCGUCUGUUAGUACACAGUUCACGACUACGCCCAGCCAGCCAGUUGGAACUGUCUUCCCCCAAUCUGGAACAUCGUCGAAUAGGCGAGAUCAAACGUGCCAAGCAUGUAGUAUAACGCUACCCACGCAACCGGACUAUCAAUAUCACCUCCGGACAGUCCAUCCAAAAUAUGGGGGCUACGUCCAAUGUUCCAUAUGUGAACAAAAGUUUCGCCAUUACGAGAAUUUCAUGCGACAUAUGGGAAGACACGCGAAGCAGCGGAUUCUUCAAAUGAAAUUGGUAGCCAAUCUAGAAAACAAACAGUUCGACCGAAAAAGGAAGAGACGCAAUCCAUGCUGUGUGUGUAAGAAACACUUUGAAACCUUGGCCGAGCGGAAUGAGCACGAGGCCGUAGUUCACAAGCUGAUGUUCGAAUGUAACGUUUGUUACUCCCGCUUCGAAACAGAGGAUGCCCUAAAUGAACAUAAAAAGCUUCGUCAUCGGCCAGGGCAACUACUUCAGCACACUUGUCGAGUCUGCGGAAGGAAGUUUUCGAUUAAAAAGAACUUGAAAUCACACAUGCAGGUACAUGCGGAACUACCUAGGAAAUAUGUGUGUGGGACGUGUGGGGAGCGAUUUCCUGAUGUGCAGCAAUAUUUAAAACAUCAACAGGAUCAGCAUGAUGUUCAACCGCUUACAAACGAUAUCCAUCGGUGUUUAUCGUGUCAGGGCUUUUUUCAUUCGGAAAAAACCUUUCUCAAACAUCUGGAUCGCAAGCACACAAACAUGGAGCACCAGUCCAGUCCGGAGGACAGUGAUUCCACCGAAGAAACCAGCACGUUUCUCAAUGGCGAUGAUACUGUCAUGCAUUUCAACGAUGUUGAAACAAUUGGCUCGUCGUCUCCUGAGGUCGAACUUAAAUUUGACCCGGAAUUGGCAGCUGUCACGGAUCAUGAUUAUCAGUACUACUCGCAAGUGGUAGGCGACGAUCCAGAGGAAGUUGCAUGCAAUGUGGACCUGGAGGAAGAACUGCUCCUGGAAGAGACCCCACCGGAGUCCGGUUUUGAGCUAUACGGUUCAGCGUUUCGUGCCCCAUGAUGUGGAAAAAUGAAUCAUCCGAAUUUUUGUUUGUUGUUCUAGAGCAUGUGUCUAUUUACAAAAAUAAAACUAUGCAUUCGUGCAUACCAGUAAAACUGUUAAA